GUGGGCUUUGAUGCGAGGUUUCUAGGCGCUGCUUUCACUCUAUCUUUUGGGACAUAUCAGUCACUAGAAAACACAUUCACCAUGCCCAAGGCAGGAACUUCCCGAGCCGCUGCUGCGGCUCGCAGACACAACCCUCUCGCCGAAGAUAUUAGUUCCGCGGGGCACCUUCGGACACAGAGCAGCAAGAAGGGCAAGGGCAAGGCCGGAAACGACGAGGAUGGCGAAAAUGGACAGGGAUACAUCGAUGCGAAGAUGUCGCGGAACAUUCUACAGAUGGGCCAGGAAUUGGCCGACGAAGACGCUGCGGAACAAAAGCUCGCCCAGGGCUCAGCCAAGUCGAACGGCGCAUUUGAAUUCGAUACUCGGUUCGAAGAGGAGGAGCCUUUCUCGGACGACGAGGGCAAGUUUGAAGCCGAUGACUGGGUUGAUGACGAAGUUGAGGAAGUUGAGGUCGAUCCCAAUGAUCUAGAUAUGUUCAACAAGUUCAUGCCUGGCCACGAGGAAGACCCUAUAUUCCACCCCAGAGACCCCAACGCCAGUGGCCAGACCACAAACCUUGCCGAUUUGAUUCUAGAGAAGAUCGCCGAGCACGAGGCCAAGCAAGCUGGUGAGCACACUGGUGGACCGUUCAUUCAAGGUGGUGGAUUGCCCGAGGAUGCGGUCCAGAUCCCCGCCAAGGCCAUCGAAGUAUACGAGAAGGUCGCCAUGAUUCUUCGUCGCUACAAGUCUGGCCCUCUCCCCAAGCCCUUCAAGAUCCUCCCCUCAGUACCCAACUGGCAAACCCUCCUGGAGAUCACCGAACCCGCAGAUUGGACCGGCAAUGCCGUCUACGCCGGAACCAGAAUCUUCAUCUCCUCCAAGCCGCACGUAGCCCAAGAGUUCAUCAACAUGGUCCUCCUGGAGCGCACCCGCUCCGAGAUCCACGAAACCCGCAAGUUGAACGUCCACACCUACAACGCUCUGCGCAAGGCGCUGUACAAGCCCGCCUGCUUCUUCAAAGGACUCCUCUUCCCCCUCGUCGCAAGCGGCACCUGCACCCUGCGCGAAGCCCACAUUGUCUCAUCAGUGAUUGCCCGCGUCUCCGUCCCAGUGCUACACUCCGCAGCGGCUCUGCUGCGCAUGUGCGACCUCGCUGCGGAGCAGUCAAUGACAUCGCUCGAAAGCACCGGCGCCGUCAACAUGUUCAUCCGAGUCUUCCUGGAGAAGAAGUACGCACUGCCAUACAAGGUCAUCGACGCGGUGGUCUUCCACUUCAUGCGUUUCCGCGCAGUCGACCCUUCCGAAGCCAUGAAUGACGGACCCAACGGCCUUAACUCCAAGGGCUACAAGCUACCCGUGCUGUGGCACCAGUCUCUGCUGGUCUUCGCCCAGCGUUACCGUAACGACAUCACCGAGGAUCAGCGUGAGGCUCUUCUCGAUCUGCUGCUCGUCCGUGGGCACAAGGACAUCGGACCCGAGGUCAGGCGUGAAUUGCUUGCUGGCCGAGGACGUGGUGUUGUCGUUCCUGAUCCUGAGAUGCAGAAUGCUCUCGAUGCCGGCGACGAUACGAUGGAUGUUACCAUGUAGAUGUAGAUCGAUCGACGGAUUUUUCACCAAGCCCUGCAUGUAUUCGCUUACGAUUUGGCCAUGAGCACUGUUUCUAUGGGAUGGCGUUUCAUCUUUUACUGUUUUCUUUUCUCUUUUUGCCACGGAUGGUCUGCAUAUAAUUCCCCUGGUGUCAGGUUUCCAAAAAAUGGGAUGAAUAUAAGCCGAACUAUGAAGGACUCGAUUCUCUGAAUAUACUAGUAGCACUACGAAAUAGACUACUGCUUCAAGUAUACAUGUAUCAUCAAAAGAAAUAACGUUAACCCACUAGUUCAAUGUCUAUACACAUGCACACACAUGCACAUACACAUUCAAUAGAAUAGGAGUGACUCCUAUUCCAAUCUGAGACGAGCAGAGGGGCGCAAUACCAC